AUGAUGCUGGGAACGGUGGUCUGUGACAACUUGGAAAUAGUCGACUCAUUUGGACAUAUGCCAGAUCGCCUAAUGCAUGAUGUUCUGCAAGAAUGUAUUGCCGAACCCACGCCUUCGGAUAAUAUGGAUAGCAACGGAAUUUCACAGCAGCCUCAACACCCGUCCGACUCGAACAUGCUCCACUCCGCAUCGUCGACUUCGAUUGAGUCACUUUGCAGUUAUCCUGAAGCAUACACCUACAGCAAUAGUGGUCCCGGAUUGCCGUACAACCUCUCCAGCAACUCUUUACCAUCAACCAUGUCGAAUUUCGAGGUGUCCAUAAAUGGAGCGUCAUCGAUGCCGAAUUUGGAUCACAUGCCCGAAUGUGACCCGGACUAUAACGUCACCCUUACUCCUGAUAUGUACUGCGAUAUGCGCAAUGCGAUGUCGAUGACGCAGGCCAUGGACGCUUCAAUGGGAGUGGAACGCGUUCAACAAAGUAACGAAUCCGUGCCCUCUGUGCCAAACAGUCCAACAGCCGAAUCGCAGCCAUCGUUCUACAUCGAAAGCAGUCGUCAUACCUUCACCGUUACAACCAAUGUCGACAAU